AUGGACGCCCCGCCCGCACCCCCCUUCCGGCCCUCGCAAGGCUUCCUGAGCCGCCGCCUGAAGAGCUCCAUCAAGCGCACCAAGAGCCAGCCCAAGCUCGACCGCACCAGCAGCUUCCGGCAGAUCCUGCCCCGCUUCCGCAGCGCCGACCACGACAGGGCCCGGCUGAUGCAGAGCUUCAAGGAGUCGCACUCCCACGAGUCCCUGCUGAGCCCCAGCAGCGCGGCCGAGGCGCUGGAGCUCAACCUGGAUGAGGACUCCAUCAUCAAAGCCGUCCACAGCAGCAUCCUGGGCCAGGAAUUCUGCUUCGAGGUGACCACGGCCUCGGGGACCAAAUGCUUCGCCUGUCGCUCGGCCGCCGAGAGGGACAAGUGGAUCGAGAACUUGCAGAGGGCGGUGAAGCCCAACAAGGACAACAGCCGGCGGGUGGACAACGUCCUGAAGCUGUGGGUGAUCGAGGCGCGAGACCUCCCCCCCAAGAAGCGCUACUACUGCGAGCUGUGCCUGGACGACAUGCUCUACGCCCGCACCACCAGCAAGGCGCGCACCGACAACGUCUUCUGGGGCGAACACUUCGAGUUCAACAACCUGCCGGCCGUCCGCACCAUCCGCCUCCACCUCUACAAGGACACCGACAAGAAACGCAAGAAGGACAAGAGCAACUACGUGGGGAUGGUGAGCAUCCCCAUCGCCAGCGUCACCGGCCGGCACUUUGCCGAGCAGUGGUACCCCCUCAGCCAGCCCAGCGGCAGCAAGAGCAAGGCGGGUUGUCCCGCUCUACGCGUCAAGAGCCGCUUCCAGACCAUGAGCAUCCUCCCCAUGGAGCUCUACAAGGAGUUCGCCGAGUACGUCACCAACAAUUACCGGAUGCUCUGCGCCGUCUUGGAACCCGUGCUCAGCGUCAAGAGCAAGGAGGAGGUGGCCUGCGCUUUGGUGCACAUCCUGCAGAGCACAGGGAAGGCUAAGGACUUCCUGUCGGACAUGGCCAUGACGGAGGUGGAUCGCUUCAUGGACCGGGAGCACCUGAUCUUCCGGGAAAACACCCUCGCCACGAAAGCCAUAGAGGAGUACCUGAAACUCAUCGGCCAGAAAUACCUCAAGGACGCCAUCGGCGAGUUCAUCCGGGCGCUGUACGAGUCGGAGGAGAACUGCGAGGUCGACCCCAUGAAGUGCUCGGCCUCCACCUUGGCUGACCACCAGGCCAACCUCCGCAUGUGCUGCGAGCUCGCCCUCUGCAAGGUGGUCAACUCGCACUGCGUGUUCCCGCGGGAGCUGAAGGAGGUCUUCGCCUCAUGGCGGCUGCGAUGUGCUGAGCGGGGCCGCGAGGACAUCGCCGACCGGUUGAUCAGCGCCUCGCUCUUCCUGCGGUUCCUCUGCCCCGCCGUGAUGUCCCCCAGCCUCUUCGGCCUCAUGCAAGAGUACCCCGACGAGCAGACUGCCCGCACCCUCACCCUCAUCGCCAAGGUCAUCCAGAACCUGGCCAACUUCACCAAGUUUGGCAGCAAGGAGGAGUACAUGGCCUUCAUGAACGAGUUCCUGGAGCUGGAGUGGACCAGCAUGCAGCAGUUCCUCUACGAGAUCUCCAACCUGGACACCCUCACCAACAGCACCAGCUUCGAGGGCUACAUUGACCUGGGCCGCGAGCUCUCCACCCUGCAUGCCCUCCUCUGGGAGGUCAUGUCCCAGCUCAGCAAGGAGGCCCUGCUGAAGCUGGGCCCACUGCCCCGGCUGCUGACGGACAUCAGCGUGGCCCUGCGCAACCCCCACCUGCAGCCAACAGGUGGGGACCCCCGAGAACCCCCCCCCAGCAUCCUCCCAUGUCCUCGUGGUACCCACCACAUCCCCAUGGUAUCUCCACCCUCAUGCUCCGUUGACCUCCAGUCCUACAUGGUGCGGGGCCUCAACAGGUGGUGGACAUGGGGAUAUGGUGGAGGUGGGGGAAAUGGGGGACGUGGUGGGGAUGGGGGAUUGUCCCCAUCACCCGCCCCCCAGGCCUCGCAGACGCCGUCGACGCUGAACCCGGUGAUGCCGGCGGCGGAGCGCACGGUGGCCUGGGUGUCCAACAUGCCGCACCUCUCGGCCGACAUCGAGAGCUCCCACAUCGAGCGCGAGGAGUACAAGCUCAAGGAGUACUCCAAGUCCAUGGACGAGAGCCGGCUGGACCGGGUGAAGGAGUACGAGGAGGAGAUCCACUCGCUGAAGGAGCGGCUGCACAUGUCCAACCGCAAGCUGGAGGAGUACGAGCGGCGCCUGGUGUCGCAGGAGGAGCAGACGAGCCGCAUCCUGCUGCAGUACCAGCACCGCCUGGAGCAGAGCGAGAAGCGCCUGCGGCGGCAGCGUGACCCCGGUGAAGCCUGGCCCCGCAGGCUGAUGCUGCUGGAGCAGGAGCUGCGCAGGGAUCACUUGGGACACUGGGAACCCUUGAGGACAUGGAUCAUGGAUCUGGGGUCACUCAUGUCCUUGUGUCCCCAUGUCCCCUGA